CAGGCCCUGCAGGAGCGCUGGCCAGGAUGGUCCUCAGGACAGAGGAGGGGAGCGUCCCCAGCGACCUGACCCCAGAGGAGUGCCAGGAGCUGGAGAACAUCCGUCGCCGCAAGCAGGAGCUGCUGGCCGACAUACAGCGGCUGAGAGAUGAGAUAGCAGAAGUGACCAAUGAGAUUGAGAACCUGGGCUCCACGGAAGAGAGGAAAACCAUGCAGAGGAACAAGCAGGUGGCAAUGGGCAGGAAGAAGUUCAACAUGGACCCCAAAAAGGGGAUCCAGUUCCUGAUUGAGAACGACCUGCUGAAGAACACCUGCGAGGACAUCGCCCAGUUCCUCUACAAGGGGGAGGGGCUCAACAAGACGGCCAUUGGCGACUACCUGGGCGAGAGAGACGAGUUUAACAUCCAGGUCCUGCACGCCUUCGUGGAGCUGCACGAAUUCACUGACCUCAACCUGGUGCAAGCGCUGCGGCAGUUCCUGUGGAGUUUCCGCCUGCCGGGCGAGGCGCAGAAGAUCGAUCGGAUGAUGGAGGCGUUUGCCCAGCGGUACUGUCAAUGCAAUCCCGGCGUCUUUCAGUCCACAGACACCUGCUACGUCCUCUCCUUCGCCAUCAUCAUGCUGAACACCAGCCUGCACAACCCCAACGUCAAGGACAAGCCCACGGUGGAGCGCUUCAUCGCCAUGAACCGCGGCAUCAACGACGGGGGCGACCUGCCGGAGGAGCUGCUCAGGAAUCUCUACGAGAGCAUAAAGAACGAGCCCUUCAAAAUCCCCGAGGACGACGGCAACGACCUCACCCACACCUUCUUCAACCCCGACCGCGAGGGCUGGCUGCUGAAACUCGGAGGGGGCAGGGUGAAGACGUGGAAGAGACGCUGGUUCAUUCUGACCGACAACUGCCUUUACUACUUCGAGUACACGACGGAUAAGGAGCCACGUGGCAUCAUCCCCUUGGAGAACCUGAGCAUCCGCGAGGUGGAGGACUCCAAAAAGCCCAACUGCUUUGAGCUUUACAUCCCGGACAACAAAGACCAAGUGAUCAAGGCCUGUAAGACGGAGGCAGACGGGCGGGUGGUGGAGGGGAACCACACGGUGUAUCGCAUCUCGGCCCCCACCCCCGAGGAGAAGGAAGAGUGGAUGAAGUGCAUCAAGGCAGCGAUCAGCAGGGACCCCUUCUAUGAGAUGCUGGCGGCGAGGAAGAAGAAAGUGUCCUCCAUGAAGAGACAUUAG